AUGCCAUGGAGGGGUGCUGGUGUCGCAAUUCCUUUGUUCUCUAUCAGAUCAGGUGCUGAUCUAGGAGUUGGGGAGUUUCUUGAUUUGAAGUUACUAGUCGACUGGGCAGUGCAGUCUGGCUUCCAUUUGGUUCAGCUCUUGCCAAUAAAUGAUACAUCAGUUCACCGAAUCUCACUUUCAGUAUUUGCAUUGCAUCCAUUAUACUUAAGAGUCCAGACACUCUCUGAAAAUAUCACUGAUGAUAUCAACCAAGAGAUACAAUACACCAGAGAACAGCUGGAUGGGAAGGAUGUGGAUUAUGAGGCCAACAUGGCCGCAAAACUUUCCAUUGCCAAGAAAAUUUAUUCUCAGGAGAAGGAAGCAACACUAAGUUUAACUUCCUUCCAGAACUUUUUUUCAGAGAAUCAGGAUUGGUUGAGGCCCUAUGCAGCCUUCUGUUUUUUACGGGACUUCUUUGAAACGUCAGAUCGCAGCCAGUGGGGUCGAUUUUCUAUUUUCUCUCAAGAUAAGUUAUCUGAAGCUUCUGAAUAUGCUCGAAAGAAAGGAGUAGUACUGAAGGGGGAUUUGCCCAUUGGAGUUGACCAAAAUAGUGUGGAUACUUGGAUCCACCCAAAUCUGUUUUGCAUGGAUGCCUCUACUGGGGCACCUCCAGACUAUUUUGGUAAAAAUGGACAAAAUUGGGGAUUCCCCACUUAUAAUUGGGAAGAAAUGUCCAAAGACAAUUAUGCUUGGUGGCGUGCUCGUUUAACGCAGCUCCCAGAUCAUGCAAUGACUGGUCUUUGUGGAAAUUUUCGACAAUCUAUUCCUCUAAGCCAGUUCAAGGAGGACUGCAAUACUGAAAAGAAAAUAGCAUCCAAGCUGGAGGCAUUCAUAGAAACAUCCGUGUUGUUAGAGAGUGAAGCAAAACUUCGGAGCAACCUCUUUGAUUUUGUGAAGGCAAGUGUAAAUCUAGAAAGACCCUUUCAGUUAUCAAUGCUUUUUGCAUUUGCUUUGACCAUCUUCAUCUUGGCUGACAUGAUUAAUAUAGUCCUCAUCAGAGAUCCAGAAGAUUCAAAAAGUUUUUACCCUCGUUUCAAUCUUGAAGACACCUCAAGCUUUGGUGAUUUAGAUGAGCACAGCAGAAAUGUUCUGAAGAGACUAUAUUACGAUUACUACUUCCAUCGGCAAGAGACUCCGUGGCGUCAAAAUGCUCUAAAGACAUUGCCUGUUCUCUUGAACUCCUCGGAUAUGCUGGCUUGUGGAGAAGAUCUCAGGACGAUUCCUUCAUGUGUUCAUCCUGUCAUGCAAGAGCUUGGUUUAAUAGGAUUACACAUUCAACGUAUGCCAAAUGAACCUGAUAAGGAAUUCGGGGUUCCUUCUCAGUAUAGUUAUAUGACGAUUGUGUACUUCAUUUUGCAGCAGCACUUUGAAUCUCCAUCAAUGUGGGCAAUUUUUCCCCUUCAGGAUUUGCUAGCACUAAAAGAGGAGUACACUGCACGACCUGCAGCAGAGGAGACCAUCAAUGACCCAACAAAUCCGAAACACUAUUGGCGAUAUCGCUUCCCUAUGACUCGGGUACAUGUGACUGUGGAGUCCCUGCUGACGGACAAAGUUCUUAUCACCGAAAUUAAAGAUCUAGUUCGUGGAAGUGGAAGAUCGUACCCGUCUUUAGACGAAGUUGAAUUGCAUUCGACUAAAGAAAUAACUGAUCUGGAGAAGCAGCCCAUUGUCGAUGGGAAACAGAAAGUUCUCAUAGCAAUUUAG